CCCUGAAACUCACAUACCCAGGCAAUGUCCUUGACCAUAUUUUCGUUACAAUUAGCAGUCCAUGUACUAUAUGGUCUAAGGUGUAUAAUCAAUGGUAACACAUUUAGGUAUAUUUAAAAGCGACCUCUACUGAGCAUCAGUAUAAACUUAAACAUAUACCGUUUAAAACUGUAAAAUGACCCUUAUGGAUAUAUGCAUUUGAUAUCAGUCUGUUUAAUUGAACAGUGGAGUUACUCAUUUGCUUUAAUUUUUUGCAGCGACAUCUAAUGCAUAAUCCAUAAGUGUACACGUACAGUUUGGAUUAAGGUUCGACACUUUUAUGGUUUGAAAACUCGGCAAAAUCUUCACCAAUAACUUUCUUUGCUUUUAACUAACACUCGGUUAUCAUUGAUUGAUUGAUUUGAGUAAUUACGCAACCUAAUUAAGUAUGUUAUUAGUUAUGUGUGGUAUCACAGCAUUUUAUCGCCUUAAAUUUGAUUAAAAGUACAAUUCUACAAAAUAAAGCGAUUUCUCGCGUGUUAAUUUUACAUAAAUAUGAAUUAGGUAUAGACCAACAUGAACCAUUAUGUGUACCUAAUGGUCUUUGUUGGUUAGCUACUGUAUUAACACCAAUUUUAGGCUAUUAGUUUCAAUGGCACCACUCAGCAGAGAAGUGCGACCUGUUUCACUACUAUCUCCUCCACAUUUGGGACCACCUGUACCUGAAGUAAAUUCAAUAUGGUUUAAAAUGUUUCUCUAUCAUAUGACUGGAUAUGGACCACCUUCACUACUGCUAGUCAAAGGUACCCAAUUGAAGCAAUUACCUCGAAUGUUUUUGGGUUUUUCAAAGUUCUUGGUAAUGGCUUGGUUACACGAACCCGCCGUUCUUCCUGUAGCAAAUAUCAUGUAUGUAAAUGCGGCUUUACAGUACUCGCCAGUGCUACUGCAAGCGUACGGAGUGCAUCAAUCUGCUCAAGUUCACAUUAAACCAUUCCCGUUUGAAAAAGAUACAAACAUUAUGUGCCAUGGCGAAGGUGUCCACGCAAUUCCGUGGGCUAAACAUCCAGCUGUACAACGAUUGUCUGGUCUUGUGGAUCUAGAACAAAAUUGUGGGUAUCUAACCUUCGUUAAUAUUGGGGUGAGAGAUCUAGGAUGUCCGAACAGGGACCCCAUCGUCCGCCUAGGACGGCAGAAAGUAAACCCUAAUAAUCCUGGGGUGGCAAAAUUGCAUAAAAGCAAUGUAAAAAAAGCAUCAGAACCAACAACGUUCGCAAACGAAAAUUUUAGCUUUACAAAUCGCUCUAACGAAAUAAAUCAAAAUGAAAUUGUAACUGACAACCCGGAAAAGCAACUACAAUCACCCGUCGAGUCUCAUUUCGCGGUUACACCCGUUCAUAGCAGUGAAAGAUCGUCUCCUGCAAAUGGAUUUAUGCACCAAGAUUCGACAGAACUCUUAAAGGAGGAAUUAGAUUUGUUGGAUAAAGAUACGAUUCUUUCUCAAGAGGUCAAAGAAAAACCAUUAAAUCAAAGUAUACAAAGCCUCUACUCGUUUGAGACUCUUUUAAGUCCAACAGAUGAAAAUAUUAGUAUGUUUUCGAGGCAGGGUGAUUCUGACCCACCAAGUAAUAAAGCAACUGAUGAGAAUAGCGUAAAUAAGCCGGUUGAAGAAGAAGCAAAUGGUGAGAUGUGGACUUUGUUGGACUGCCACUUUGGAAUACCGUUAUUUGAUGCAGAUGCCAAUACGAAAAUAUGUGAUGCCAUUGUCUCAGGAGGAUUAUGUCACUCUUCUAGUCUCACACACUUAACCGAAUCUAGUCGAAUGCUGGGAACAUCUUUGUUAGAAUUUAUCUCUCAAUGUCAGUAUUAUCCAGGUGAAAACAUGGGCAUAAUAAAACGUGGCAGGCUCACCCCUCUUCCCAGGCACAAUUUAAUGUUUGACAAUGGCAGAGUUUGUGAAUGGGGUGGAAAAUAAUAGAGAAGACAAGAAUAUUUAUAUUUUCCAUACUUAUAGCUACAGUCAGUAUUUACAAAUUGUUUUAUGUAGGUUAUUUUAAUUUUAAAAUGUUGUUAUAUUUUAAUUAUGUUAAAUAUUGUAUAUAUUGUAUAUUUCAAUGUAGAUAAGUAAGCUAAAAUAGAUGAUUCUUAUACUGAA